AUGUGCCCGAGGCUACCUAUAAAAACACCUUUUUAUGUGAAGGGGACUUGUGCGGGAAUGACGGUAAGCUGGAUGGAGCAUGAGGCCUGGCAGAGGGGUGUGCAUAUCCAUCACUCAAUGUAUGGCCACGGUGGGGAAAGGAUGAUUGCAGGAUAUCCAGUGGAUGCUUUUUGCCUGGAAGCAAAAACGGUGUUCCAGUUCCACAGCUGCCAUUGGCAUGGCUGUCCAGAGUGCUUGGUGUGGUUUCAAGAUUUGGAGGAGAUUGGCGACGUGUGUAAAAUGGAGACGCGAAAGCGCCAAGUGGAUAUCACGGGCCCUUCUAGGUGGGGAUUGCGGUCUACGAGAUGGCCAAGCUCAGGGUGUGCGGUUUUACUACUUACUGUCUGGACAAGUUCCUCCACAGGCGUGAUUACAAGCUGAUCGAGAUGGACACCGACAGCCUGUACUUAGGGCUGUCGUGUGAUUGUCUGGAAAAGGCGGUGUACCCCGCCACGGCGGAAAAGUUGCGAACCUGCAAAAAGGAAUGGUUUGCGUGGGACAAAUGGAGUGCUCGAGAGCCGGGACUUUUCAAGCUGGAAUUCGAGGGCAUUCACAGAAUCACACUGUGCAGCAAGUGUUGUUUCAUGGAAUAUUAGAAAGGAGAGGCGAAAGUGUCCUCGAUGGGGAACUCAAAGCGCCGAAACAAAAUGCACUAGGAGCGGUACAAAGCCGUGCUGGAGGGGGCGGAGGGGGGCAUAGAUUCCGCUAUGAACAGAGGAAUGAGAAUGAAUGGAGGGGUGAUGUGCACCUAGCAGCAAAAAAGCGAAUUUUUUCGCGUCGCUGUCUUUGUAUCCUCAAGCCAUUCUCCCUCUUCCUCUUCCUCACUCCGUUCGUCAAACAACAGACCAAAUUUGAUUUCCUCAAUCUAUUCUGGAAAGUUGUGGACAACAGGCUCCACCAAAUCUCCUCACGGAUCAAUAAGGUCGUUUUGUGUAGCCAUUAUACAGACAAUAAAUUAUGCCAAUGUCUAGUAGGCGCUGGUCCCUACUGCUUGGUUAUGGCCAGCACAGUUUAUGCCAGGGCUGCCAUUCUCCUGCGGUGGGGCGGCGGCCCAAAAAAAUGUGAUUACUUUUUGCUGGGGUUGUGUGGUGUCGGGGGUGUGUGGUGAAGUCAUUCUCUCGUGAAGAUGUGCUUCCGCUCCACUGCACAAGUAGUAGGGUCGGAGUCAUAAAAUGUAGCCACUUUUUGCCAGCCCUUAGUCGACAGUCGAGCUGGCUACCCCGAUCAAAAAGCGCUCGCAAAAAGUUGUUACUUUUGACUCAACUAUUGCAAUAAUAAGGUGACCACUAUAUACAUGUACAGGGCCCGGUUCCUGAAAGGCCAAUUAGCGCUAAUCCAGGAUUAAAAUUUUGUCCCACUUUUUGUAUUUAUCUUCCUAUUCAAUGCUUAGAGUGACAUUUUGUGUUAUCAUUUUGUUUUUCGAAGGAAAGGCACAACAGUAUUUUGUAAGCUCGAGUAACAUGUUCUUAAACAAGGAAACCUUGCUUAAAAUUUGGCUUAAUCCUGGGUUAAACUUAAGCGUCUUUCGAGGAACCGGGCCCCGGGCAAUUAGGUUUGACUGUAUUCAAGGCACCAAAUGAAUCCUCUUCAUAGGUCAUAGAAGAGUGUUGGAUGAGUAAUGGUGGCAGUUUCUAGUGCCAUGAAAAGAAAGAAGUAGUUUGCUCAUGAAAUAAAAAUGAUGCUCAGCAGAGCUUAGAGAAGGAAAAAAAAUCAAAAAUAAUGUAAAAUUAAAAUAAAAGGUUUUAGCUUUUUUUAUGUAUGAUGACUUUUCUAGGUGAAUCAAAGUCUGCAUCAUCAGCUGACAGUAAUUUUGGAUCAGGGUUUAGGUUGAGUUCAUCCACAGCACAGACUUCUUGGAGUUCACCUCUUGCACCGUCCUCUUUAUCGUCGCUCAUAACAUCCCAACCAUUAAACCCUAUCUUUGGUCCAGAUUUUAAUGAAAGUACUUUUUCGACAUCUGUGCCUUCAUCUUCAGGUGUUUCAAACGCUAGAUUCCAUUUUGAGGUGGGUGAUGGUUUAGUGACAGAGCCAUCUUCGACCAAUCUGACCUUUGGGAGCUUUAGCAACAGGGACACUUUUACUAGUUCUUCAGAAAACAGUAAUUCCUUGAUGUCAAGCCAAGGUUUUGCUGAUACCAGUGAAAUGAAGACAACUACUACAUCUUUAGCUUUUGGAGUGGAAGGAAAAACAAGUGAUUCUUCUGCUGUUGCUAAACCCCUUUUCCCAACAGUGUCAUCAUCUUCCUCCACAUUGAAUGCUGCAAAGGCGGACAAAGGAAAAUCAGGAGCAGGAUUGUUUGUUCGUUCCUUCGCCUUUGCAAAAGAAGGCCUUCAACAAAAUGAAUACAAGGAAAAAUCCGUUGUUAAGACAACAGGUCUUGGUAGUACUGCCAAUCUGACUUCAUUAGUCAUAAAGGAUAUCCCUGAGAUGUACAACAAGAAUACAUGGUUGAAGAAAUUCUAUUCCCGUUUUGGGGAGGUGAUUAAAGUAGUGUGCUCUACUGCCAGACAGAGUGCAACAGUAACUUUUAAAGCACAUGUGAGUACUAGAAAGUAUUUUGAUAUUAGUGUUACCUGUAUGUUUCCAGCUGUAAGCUGUUACGUCUCCUCUAAGUAUAAGUGUAUAUGAGUCCACAGAGCAGCUGCACAUAUAUUUUUUAAUGGAAUAAUUUUGCACCUAGAAAUAGUGUUCCUAUGGACAGGUGUAUAUAUCCUCCUCCAGGACAUCGUUUGUAGUAUGGAGAUGUAUGUACUACUUUUCUCACAGCAUUUUUACGUGAAUUUUUAUCGAUACAUGUCAACCAGGAGAGAUGAGAGUUCCCAAAACUAGAUUUUCAUUUACUGAGUUUAAAGAUCAAGGGUAAGUACCAAUAUAUGUAUUAUUUUAUGAACAGUAUGUCAGCUGGAUUGCAAUUUUGAAAUACGUUUGUUCUCAGGAAGCUGCUGAGGCUGCUAAGAAAAAGGGAAAGAUUCUGAAACCAGGAUUACCUCCUGUGAUGAUUUUCUGGAAACAGCGACGAAGGAGUGCAGCAUCAGGUAUUAUUUGUUUCUUCCUUUUUAAUUUACAUGACAUCUCGUUCACCAAGGUCUGGAAGGGUAUUUUCAGUAUCCAGGAUUUGACCAAAAUAUGGUGUGGCAUUCGGCAAAAUGGAAGAUAUCUUUACGGGAAACGCGAUUUGACUGCUUCCGCGAAGUGGGAUUCGACACCAGAAUUUGGGCACGGGAUGCAAGAUUGUUUUGCCGUCUGAAGAGAAUUUGGGACUUACGUUCUUGCGGAAAAUGCGAAGUCCAACAGGCAAGCAAUCAGUGGUGUUCCCUUUAAAAGCAAAGUAUGGAGUGAUCUAG